GGACCCGAGUCACGUGAUGCCAGGCCCGGCCCGUGGAUGCCUGUCACUCUUCAGUCUCUCCUGGAUGACGGGGCUGAUGUGGAAGGCCUGCAGGAAUAAGCUGCGGCCCGAGGAUUUGUGGACACUGAGGACAGAAGACUCGUGUCACACCAACUACGUGCGCCUGUUACGCCUUUGGCGGCGCGAGCUGGAACUGAGAGGCGCGCAGAACGCCUCGCUAACGAUGACGCUGGUGCGCGCCUUCCGCACGCGCAUCGUCAUUUCCACCCUGCUGAUGCUGAUCUCCAACUCCCUGGCACUGCUUGGGCCGUCGAUCCUGUUGCGUCAGAUGAUCAUUUAUCUGAACGACCAGUCGGCGCCCGUGUCUCGCGCCGUCGGCCUGCUGGUGGCCAUGGUGGUCGCCCGCUUCGCCUCCGUCUACUUUAUGGCCGGCGCCUACGGCGUCACCGCCGUCUUCACCGGUGCGCGUGCCACUGGCGCACUCCAGAUGCUGGUGUACCAGAAACUGCUCCGCCUCAGCGCGGCCUCCGACCAGAUGCUGGGCAAGGUGGUCAACAUCUGCAUCAAUGACAUGGACAGGUUGUCGGAGGCGCUGCGCAUCGCCGCAUUCGUCGUCUCGGCCAUCUGCAUGACGGCGUACGGCUUCGUCGUGAAUCUCGUGUACGUGGGGCCGUGGUCUCUGCUGGGCUUCAGCAUCAUCAUCAUGUCGUUCUUUGUGCUGGGCAGUUUUGGAGGGAUGAUGAGUGUUCGCCGAGUAGCAGUUGUGACCAUCACUGACCGACGGGUUACCUUCAUGUCGGAGAUCCUAGCCGCUAUCAGGCUCAUUAAAAUGUAUGCCUGGGAGGAGAGCUUUAAAAAGAAGAUCGAGGAUAUUAGAAAGGAGGAGAUGAGUGUCAUCAAGGAGGUCACGUUCCUGCAGUCCAUGUCUAACUUCUCGGCGCCGAUAAUCCCAAUCCUGGCCACCGCCGUGUCCGUCAUCGGCUACAUCGCCAGUGGAAACGAGCUGCGGGCUGCCGAGGCGUUCACCAUGUUCUCCGUCUUCAACGCCCUGCAGAUGGCAGUUGGCACGCUGCCAUACGGAAUCAAAAUGAUCACUGAGACACAUGUGUGCCUGAGACGAAUCCAGCGCCUGCUCUUGAUGAAGGACAUCGAGGUGAACCUGACUCACUGCGACUCGGGCAGUGCCAUUGAAAUCGUCAACGCCACAUUUGCUUGGGAGAGACCCGUCAGCAAGAAGGGCAAGAGCGAAAAAAAGCGUGAGGAGCGGUCUCGCUCCGCCAAGUCGCUGCCACGGCUGAUCUCGUCGCCGCGGCUCGAGCGGCGCCGCCGGCCAGCUAGCGCCGAGCUCAGCCUCGACGCCGACGCGGCCACGCAGACGGACGUGGUGCUGACCGGCGUCAACCUGAGCGUGCCGGCCGGCCGCCUGCUGGGGGUGGCCGGCUCGGUCGGCAGCGGCAAAACUUCACUGCUGGUCGCCAUGACUGGCCAGCUCCGGGUACUGUGCGGCGACGUGCGACGGGCCGGCACCAUGGCCGUGGUGCCGCAGCGCGCCUGGAUCUUCAGCGGCACACUGCGCGACAACAUUCUGUUUGGCCGGCCGAUGCUGCCCGAUCUGUACCAGCGCACGCUGACCGUCUGCGCGCUGAGGCCAGACCUGGCACUCAUGGAGCACGGCGACCUGUCCGAGAUCGGAGAUCGCGGCGUCAACCUCAGUGGCGGUCAGAAGCAGCGAGUGAACCUGGCGCGCGCCGUGUACGCCGACGCCGACAUCUACCUGAUGGACGACCCGCUCAGUGCCGUCGACAGCUCCGUCGGGCCAGCACAUUUUCCACCAUACCUGUCGCGGUUGUGA